AUGUCCCUACCUUGUGGACAAGCGGCGGCACACUGCGGUAGGCCCUGUGGCAAAAAGCUGAAGUGCGGAUUGCACAGCUGCAAGAAGCUCUGCCAUCGACCUGGUGAGUGCCAGGAUUUCGGCCUGCAGGGCAAGAUCUGCGACCAAGUCUGCGGCAAGACCAAGCUCUUUUGCGAGCACCCAUGCCAGAAUAAGUGCCAUGGACAAACUCCAUGCAAUGGAUCUCCCGCUUGCACGGCCAAGGCUACCGUCUGUUGCCCGUGUGGCCUGCGUCAGCAAGAGGUGAAAUGCCUGGCGAGCAGCUCGAACCCCACGCCUGCCAGGCCAGAGAUCAAGUGCGAUGAAGAGUGUCUCCGGUUGGAACGCAAUCGCCGGCUGGCAGCCGCCCUCAACAUCGAUCCGUCCUCUCAUGCUAACGACCAUGUCCCCUACUCGGACACAACUCUCCGACUCUUCAAGGAGAACCUUGCGUGGGCCGAGACCCAGGAGCGCGAGUUUCGCGUCUUUGCGAAGAGCGCCAACGAGGUGCGAAUGCGCUACAAGCCCAUGUCAUCUACGUAUCGGCAGUUCCUGCACGCCCUGGCCGAGGAUUAUGGUUUAGAGAGUAAGGGGGAGGACGUUGAGCCGCAUCGUUAUGCUGUGGUCUACAAGGGUUCUCGCUUCGUGUCUGCGCCGAGCAAGACGCUGGCGCAGUGUAUCAAGAUUCGCGACGCACAAGCGACCGAGGCCAUGGCCGCUGCCGCCGCCUCAAGGCCGCCGAGUCCGCCUUCGGGGCCGGUCCACGAUCCGCUCAACAGCCUCCUGCUGACGUCGGUACGAUUCGAUCUCACGGUGGAAGAUGUAAAGGGGGCACUCGGGGGAGAUUUGGCUUCCCAGCCCUCCAUUCACUUUGCCAUCAGCUUCCUCCCCACCGAGGAGAUUCUCAUGCGAGCCACGGCAUCUUAUUCGGCGUUCCUCUCUCCGGCCGCCAUGGAGCAGGCCCUCGUCAACCUCAAACCGCGCCUCGCCAAGACGGUGGAGCGGACCGGCGUGGCGGGCAAUGUGCUGCUCUGCCACGUGGAUUCGAGCGAACACAUCUCGCGACGAGAAGACACUGGCAAGAAGGAUGGCGCGGGAUGGAGCGCCGUCGCCGGCAGGGCGGCCGCGAAGCUCGAGUCUGCCAGAGCCGCCGAGGAGGCGCCGGCCAAGAGCGGCGGGCGCAAGCUGCUGGGGCUGAGAAGGAAGAAGGUGGAUAAGGAGCAAGGGAAGGCCUGGGAUGCCCUGGGAGGGGAUGUCGAGUGCUGA